UGCGCCAUUUUGAAAAGUGCAACGCUGGGGAGAGGCAGAGAGAGAGAGAGAGAGAGAGAUCUCAAAGUAGAGUGCAAAGUCUAAAAACAAAAAACAAACAAAUAAUCACUACAGAAGAUUUACAGUUCACUUUCUCUCUGCUUGAAAAACUCCUCUCGUUGUCCAACAUCAACCGGGCGGGGAGGGUGAGGGAACCGAGGACUUGUGCGGAGCUAAGCAGGAAACUCCCCCGAGGAGAGGUUUUUUUUUUUUUUUUUUAAUACCUCCACUGCUCCUCGGUCAGAACCACCCAGCCGACCCGGGUCAGCACUGCUCCAGCCCAGGGCCCCUUGCUACAGAGACACCCGCCCUCCGAGUCGCUCACCAUGGCAGGGGCCGGUGGUGGGAACAGUGAUGUGCAGUGGUGCUUCUCCCAAGUCAAAGGAGCGAUUGACGAUGAUGUCGCUGAAGCUGACAUCAUAUCUACUGUUGAGUUCAACCACUCUGGGGAGCUGCUAGCCACUGGGGACAAGGGGGGUCGUGUUGUCAUCUUUCAGCAGGAGCCUGAGUGUAAGAGUCAGCCACAGUGUCGAGGAGAGUACAAUGUUUACAGCACCUUCCAGAGCCACGAGCCCGAGUUUGACUACCUGAAAAGCCUUGAGAUCGAGGAGAAGAUCAACAAGAUUCGAUGGUUGCCUCAGCAGAAUGCAGCGCAGUUUCUUUUGUCUACAAAUGACAAAACCAUAAAGCUGUGGAAAAUUAGUGAGCGUGACAAGAGACCAGAGGGCUACAAUUUGAAGGAAGAAGAUGGGAGAUACAGAGAUUUCAAUACUGUCACAACACUACGGGUACCAGUAUUCAGGCCCAUGGACUUGAUGGUUGAAGCCAGCCCUAGACGGGUGUUUGCGAAUGCUCACACCUACCAUAUCAACUCCAUCUCAGUCAACAGUGAUUGUGAGACCUACCUGUCUGCAGAUGACCUGCGCAUUAACCUCUGGAAUCUGGAGAUCACUGAUCGCAGCUUUAAUAUUGUUGACAUUAAGCCAGCUAAUAUGGAGGAGUUGACGGAGGUGAUCACAGCAGCGGAGUUCCAUCCCAACCAAUGCAACACUUUUGUCUACAGCAGCAGCAAGGGCACCAUCCGCCUGUGUGACAUGAGGGCAUCAGCACUGUGCGAUAAGCACUCUAAAUUGUUUGAAGAGCCAGAGGAUCCAAACAAUCGUUCAUUCUUUUCUGAAAUCAUCUCAUCCAUCUCUGAUGUAAAGUUCAGCCACAGUGGACGCUACAUGAUGACCCGUGACUACCUGUCUGUCAAAAUCUGGGAUCUCAACAUGGAGUCCCGGCCAGUAGAGACAUACCAGGUGCAUGAAUAUCUCAGGAGUAAGUUGUGUUCACUCUAUGAGAAUGAUUGCAUCUUCGACAAGUUUGAGUGCUGCUGGAAUGGUAACGACAGCGUUGUGAUGACCGGCUCCUACAACAACUUCUUCAGGAUGUUUGACAGAGGCUACCGGCAGGACGUAACUCUAGAGGCGUCGCGGGAGAACAGCAAGCCGCGAUCGGUCCUGAAACCUCGCAAAGUAAGCACGGGUGGGAAGCGCAAAAAGGAUGAGAUCAGCGUAGACAGUUUGGACUUUAACAAGAAGAUCCUCCACACUGCCUGGCAUCCCAUGGACAACAUCAUUGCUGUGGCCACCACCAACAAUCUGUACAUAUUCCAGGAAAAACUGAACUAGAAUUUGUUGAACCGCUCAGAUCCCAGUUUCUGCUUGAGCCCCAUUGCUCUGAUACACACAUACAAACAAUAUCUGUCUGUCUUUGGCUAAAUCCCCAAGUCUUGAUUUGAUCUGUCCUUGGUGAUUUUAGUAUUGAAUGUGACGAGGCUAACUCUGUCAACAACAAACCGUGGCAUUAACACAGUACAUCCAAGCAGCCAUCACAAGCACACUUCCAUGUGUAUUUUAAAUACAAACAUGCAGGAUUUGUAGAUCUGAGUCCAGAAUUUGGGAUUUAGUGUCAUGGGUUUUCUCCAUUCGAACACUCCAUUCACUGAGCUACCGUUUGCAACUCCACUACAUCCCAAACCAAAGGGAAAAUGUGUUAAAUGCACAUAUUUGGCUAGUUUGUUUAAUUAUUCUUUUGUGCCAUUGUGACAUGAUUCAUUUGUAUGUCAUAGCUUCCAAUUUGUUAAGUUUUUGUAGCGACCAUGUUUUAUUAGUUUGAAUAGGAAAUUCUUUCUCCUGUUUAUGUCUUUCUGUCACCAAGUUCCUUUUUGGUACUGGCCUGAGACACUGCUAAUACAAGCUGUCAACACUCCAUAUUUGCCCCCCCCUUCAAGUUUUCGUCAAGUUGCCAAGUUCACUCACCACUUGUUUCCUAAUGUACAGUUUGAUUAUGCUGUUAAAUAGUGUAUGACUUACAUUACUGCUAACCUUUGUCCACAAUGUUUGUAAGAUCAAAUAUCAAACUUGAAGGCAGCCACUGGUUUACAUUCAUUUCUCUACAGAAAGAAAGUCAACUUACUUUGAACUGACUUGACAUGUAUUCCAUCACAGUGAACUUGUUGUUGUUUAGGUCUAAGUUAAGCAGGAAAACUAGGGCUGCACGAUACAGUUAAAAAAAAUCAUAUUGACUUUAUUUUGCUAUAUGAUUCACAAUUAGUGGAAAGGAUCAUUUUGUAUCACAAUUUUCACUGAAAACAAACUAUUAAAAUCAUGAUUACAUGUCAUUUGCUAGGAUCUGUACCAGACAAACAUGUUUUCUUACCUCUGGUGAAUGAGAUUGUCUCUACAGAACUAUAGCACUUCAUUAUUAUACUCACACAUUUUACCUUUUUAUCAAAAAAUUUGCUGCUGGCAAUUUGGAUAUUGCACCUCGCCAUACUGCAGUUUCCGUAAUAAUCCAAUUUAUGGUGCAGCCCUUAGGAAAACUUAAGCGUAACGUAACAUCUGACACUAAAAGUAAGUUUGUCUUUAGAACAACAUCUAUUCUUAAUGUUUUUCUUCUGCAUUAGAGAUCCUGAUACAUGUUCAGCAUCAGUCACAACAAUCUCUAGUCUCUCUGCAUUUAAAUGCUCACUGCGAUGGAUUAGUUACCUCAGGCAAGAUUCAAGUCUGUAAGUUGAUGGUCAUUGUGUACUGAAAUGGCUACAUGUAGGGAAAUAGUCAGCAGUAAUGUAUGUGAUUUCUAGAUAAUGGCCUGAAACAUGAAAGUGUCGUCCUUUUUAACAUAACAGCACGCAUUCGUCGGGUGUUGUGGUUUUGGGAGUUGAAUCGGGGCUGAUCAUGCCAAAGUUACCACUCCUGUGCUGAGUUAUAUUCAUGUCCAGCUGUCUAGCAGAGAAGGUGCACCCAGCCCACCAUAUAUGAAGCUCAGGACAAAAGCUUAUAUACAUUGGAAGCGGCGUGAUGGCGUGAUGUAGCCUAAUUCUCCCGUGGUCAGCGGCAUCAAAAGGUGUGCCGCUGCCAGCUCCCCCCCCCCCCCCACCCCCCACCCCAAAGCCUGUUGUGUUGUUGCAGAUUGAUCGACCGCUUUACCCUCUGGAUCUAGUUUCUGUUUGUAGAGGUUUUUUUUUUUUUUUUUUUUAAAUGAUGUUUUGUACUGUACCCGAUAAAAGAAGAAUAAUCACUAUAGCUGAUUUAUUUUUGUAUAAAUUAAGGCAAUAGGAUUACAGUCUGAUCACUGUAGUUUCUUUAGCUGUCUAUCUCAGACUGAUUGUAGAUGGAAGGUCGCCUGAUGGGGUAACCUUGUCAGGACUUUGGGACAUUUUCUGGCAGGUAUUUCUUUAAGCUAGAGACUUUUUGUGACAUCAAGGAAGUGUGUCGUUUCUCUUGUGGGAUGUCCAAAGAAAAGUAUUUUCAGGUGUCAGUACCUCUGUAGUCAUAAGCACUAUAACAGUUUAUUUUUUUAAUUUGGCUGACUGUAACUGAUGUUUAUGUAAAACUUAUUUAGAGGCUUCAGAGUCAAUUUGGAUCUUCAAGUUCUGUUUUUGUGCCAUGGUUUUGUUUAUGAAUAAUUGUGCUCGCUGUGAAAGAAUAGACCCUUGUGGGUCUAAACAGGGAGAGACAUUUUAAUGAACAUGUAAUGUUAAAUCAAGUUCUCUAAAGCUAGUCAAGUCGGUUGACUAGGCAGAGUUACAGAUUUUGAUUUAUUGUAUGAAAUGUCGUCUCUCUCCUGUGGUGCAGGAGAACACAGAUUGUUUAUUUAAAAAGGAGAUUUUGUGAAGCACUUGGUUUGCCGACGACUGUAUCGAACAUGGGAAGAAUACUUCCAGAAAUUAACUCUGCUGUUUCUCUGCUACACUAUGCUUCAGUCGCAUGCUGCCAGUUCUCUUUGGGAGCAAACAGGUUGAUUUAUGGCACAGUUUUCCCCUUCAUUACGUGUUGAUGACAGAUUAAGCCAUUGAAUCAGAGCAUGAAGCUUAUUGGUCCACUGGAUCAUAGUUAUGUAAGUUAAUGUGUCACUCCUGCUGUAGAGAACUGGGCCCCGUUCUUCGUACGUGGAAGCUGGUUAAAAAUGAAUCUGGAGCUGUUGUCAGAGCAACAAGUCCUUAAGCCCAAACCUGUUUAAAAGAGCAGCUUUGUGACAGUUAACUGGAUCAUGACCAAGAGGUUUUAGGGUGAACCCCAUACAUGAACUAAUCAAAGAUAUAAAUGGCUCACUUUCUUAGAUUUAUGAUAGUGUUCUUAUACAAAUAUAUCAUUUUAGAUGAAAACAUGCAGGUUAUUGUAAAGAUCACCAUGAUCUGUUGGCGUAGUGACCACAACUCAGUUUUCAUUAUAAAGUGUUAUUGAUACUUAAACAAGAUAAAUCUGUAAACAAAAUGAACUGAAUUUAGUUAGAGAUGCUAUGGGCAAAGAAAUAAACUCAACUAGAAGAUUCUGGUUGAUUAAAACACCAAUGAAACCAGAAGAUGUGGCAUUUAAUUUGACAUUAAAAUGUGAAUUUAUCAUUUGAAUUAUACUAAAAGUUGCAGCUGCUUCUUUUUUUUUUCUUUCUUAGAGAUUUUAGUGAAGUAUCAUCUUGAUAGCAGGUUUAUGAUUCUUACUUAAAAGUCUUGUACGUCUGGGUGAACCUCCGCUGAUUAUGCACCAACAUCACUCGCAGUAUGUUCACGUAUAUCUUAACAAUGAUCAAAGUGUGGAAACAUGGAGAACAAAAUGAGUCCAUGAAUCUGUUGUCCCAGUGCGUGCCGGGAGGGUUCCUAACACACCUACCUCGUGUACCUGCAACCGUGCGAUCAACACCAAUCUUAGGGAAGCCGAUCAUGAUUCCAACUCUCUACUCAUUUGUCUUUAUUUCUAAAUAAAAAGAGCGGUAUUGUUCAUCCGGGAUUAACAAAUAGAUCCUCUAACUGCUUUUCAAAGAACCAAAUCAUCUGGAUGAGAACAAACAGGAUUAUUUUAGCCUGAUAGCAAACACAUUAGACUGAAUUAGUUAAGCUACAUUUGAAGAACAGGGCCCUGAUCACUAGGACGCUACCAGAACUACCACCCAUCUCCAUACGGCAGCGGUAAGCUACUGCUGAGUGUCACUCUCUCAGGGCUCUGGGUAACAUGAGACACUUUGCUAAUCUGUUUUUAUUUUGCAACCUUUCUGAACAACGUUUCUUCAUUGUGUAAUGCAAGAUUGUGUCUGUGUGUGUGUGUGAGGGUCAUUCAAGUUAUUUGCCUCGUGUCAUUUAUGUGUAAACCUGUAUAUCCAUUCCACAGUCAUGGAUGAGUCAAUCAAUUAGCCACCAAUGUUCUCACUCACUGUUCAAUAACUGCUGUUCUAACAACUGGUUUGAAGAUGUGUUUUUCAAAAAUAGUACUAGAUCAGAAAGAAAUGUUGUAAUGGACACAGCAGAGACGGUCAUCGCAGACUGUACGAGUGUCGGAGCAUUAUUGGAAAACGGUCACUGACAUUCAUUUAAAAAGAUAAACAACUAACCGAUUUAUCGUUUUCCACGUUCCCCUCAUAUUGUCUUCAUAGCUAUUGUUCAAGGCUAUGGUGUAAACCACAAAGACGUUCAGACGAACCCUAAUGCCUUUCUUAUAGCAUUAAGAAGAAAUAAGAUAAUCAAGUAUGUUUCUUGAACUUUCUGGCGUGCCAGACGGGAGACUGCUCAGGGGAAUUUACCGCUGCUCUGUGAUCAAAACCUUGUACCUUCAAAAAAAAAUAAAAAUAAAAAGAAAAGCAGCUUUUCAGGACUUUAUUAAAAAAACUGCCUUAUUCACAGGUAGAUCAUACACUUUUUGAAAUUCAAGUUGCUAUAAUUGUUUUUUGAACAUGAACCUUAGGGGGUAACUCGCUCUACAUAAAAAGGAUCAUGAACUCUCAAGGAAACUGUCUAAAUUGGAGUUAUGAGGUUUUUCCACUUGAAGCAGCAUUAUGUCUAAUGUAUCACAGGAGUUAAAACAAAAAUGCACUUUUUAUUUUUGUGAAUGUCAUUGAUUUGUAUGUUUGUUUUCUUUUUGUUUAUUUCUUUUAAGGGGCUCUUGAAUAAAGAUUGUAGGAGAGUUUUGGUGAUCUGUUUGGGGGAGAAAACUACAAAUGGUUCAUUGUACAGCUAUGUUUAUCUUUGUCAAAUGGAAUAAAGUACAAUUUAGAUGAAAAGUAAUAAAGAAUUUCAAACCUGAA